AUGUGUAGUACCUUCCAGCAGUCUACUCAGAGCGUCCAACAAACUGUCGGUUCUCUAGGUUUAUCUGGUGGUCAACCAUCCAAGCCUUUCGGUACUACAACCCAAUUUGGUGUCAAGCCUCAAGGCAGUUCGUUCACUCAAACUCAGACAGCUCAAAACUCAGCGAGCACACAACAGCAGUCAGGACAAGAUUCUCAGAUAUUUGGUUCCCAACCAUCUAAGCCGUUCAGUUCGCCUCAAUUCGGUGCUCAAGGAGUGAAACCCCAAGGCAGUGCCUUUGGGCAGAGUCAAACCUCGCAACAAACUGUCAGCUCUGUAACUCAACAGCAAUCAGGUCAAGACUCUCAAGUUUUCGGUUCUCAACCAACUAAGCCUUUUGGCUCAUCCCAAUUCGGCGUUCAGGGAGUGAAACCUCAAGGUAGCUCUUUCACUCAGACUCAGACUUCUCACCAGAUCGAUAGCACUGUAACUCAACAGCAGUCAGGUCAAGGCUCUCAGAUCUUAGGGUCUCAACCAACUAAGCCUUUAGGUUCAUCUCAAUUCGGUGUUCAGGGAGUGAAACCUCAAGGCAGUACUUUCGGCCAGAGUCAGACAUCUCAACAGAUUGACAGUAUUGAAAUUCAACAGCAGUCGGGUCUAGGCUCUCAGGUUUUCGGUUCCCAACCAUCUAAGCCGUUCGGUUCAACGCAAUUUGGUGUUCAGGGAGUGAAACCUCAAGGCAGCGCCUUUGGCCAAAGUCAGACAUCGCAACAAACUGUGGGUUCUAUAACUCUACAGCAGUCGGGUCAAGGCUCUCAAGUUUUCGAUUCUCAACCGUCUAAGCCUUUUGGUUCAUCGCAAUUCAGUGUCCAGGGGGCAAAGCCUCAAGAUAGCUCUUUAACCCAGACUCAGACUAUUCAGCAGGUGGACAGCACCGUGAUUCAACAGCAGACAGGUCAGGGCUCACAGAUAUUAGGCUCUAAACCAUCUAAGCCUUUUGGCUCAUCACAAUUCGGCAUCCAGGGAGUAAAACCUCAAGGCAGCGCCUUUGGCCAAAGUCAGACAUCGCAACAAACUGUGGGUUCUAUAGCUCAACAGCAGUCGGGUCAAAGCUCUCAAAUUUUCGGUUCUCAACCGUCUAAGCCUUUUGGUACAUCACAGUUCGGUGUCCAAGGAAACAAGCCUCAAUUUGGACAAGUGCCGCAAUCGUCUCAAGGAAGCUCUCUCACGCAGACGCAAACAACACAUCAAACUGUAGGUAGUGUGAUUGGACCUCAGCAACAGCCAGGUUCUCAGACACAGUUCGGAAGUCAAACUUACAAGCCGUUUGGUGCUUCUCAAGUUGCACAGGGCUCGAAACCUCAACUCGGGCUCACGCAGACUACACAGCAAAGUGCUUUCAGCCAAUCGCAAUUCAGCCAGCAGUCUUCAUAUAACAAAUUCAGCCAGUCGAAACCAUUCAUCACUUCAUCCCCAGCUCCAUUCGGUUCUGUAUUCGGCACAAAUCCCACCAAAACUGAAUAUGGUUCUAAUGCUCAGAAGACUGAAAGUAGCUCUGGAUCGAGUGUAUCUCAGUUAGGGAGUCAGUUUGGACAGUCAUCCAGUCAAGGAUCUUCACAGUUUGGUGCUCAAGCAUUCAAGCCUUUCUCCACUUCGCACCAUCAAGAAUCUAAACCCCAAUUCGGUGCUCCAUCGAAGCCUGCGUUCGGACAAAGCUCGACCACUUAUGCGCCUUUCACCAACAAUCAGAACUCCCAGAGUCAGUUCGGAUAUCAGUACAAACACCCAGUAAAUGCUUUCGGUAAAUAUCAGCCUAAACCACUGUUCGGCCAAACUGGAUUUACAGGUUUCAGUAGUUCUCAGGCGUCUAGCUCGGCGUCUUCUUUCCCGCAAGAUUUCAAAGGGACGCUUUUUGGUAGCCAACCGUUCAGACCUUUUGGGUCACAAAUCCAGCCUAUCAAGAGUCAGUUCGGUCAACCAACGUCAUCUGCCAGCGCCUUUGCCUCAAGUUCCUCAACACCCUCCUUGCUAUCUGGAUCUAAAUUUAGUCUCCAGCCAUUCAAAACUUCGUCUUCAGUAUUCCCAACAGCUCAACCAGCUUUCGGGCAAUCGACUACACCUUUAAGCCAAGAGGAUUCUGGAACACAGGCUACAAGCCUAUCUUCUGUGCAAGGUGCCAAUUUCGGAGUCCAAAAGCCAUUCGGUAGUGGAAUCUCUCAGGCCUCCACUCCUCAGCCCUUGGGUUCUAAACCAGAUGUUGGCUUCGGGAAGCCGUGUUGCCAAGCAAACAAGUUCAGUCAAAGUACAACAGCUGUACCAUCUUUUGGCGUCUCCUCAACACCAAGUACCCUCUCAACUCCGCAUGAUGCGCAGGGAAGUGCGCAUAAAACCGAAGACUUCAAAGGACCAAAGCAACCGCAAGGGUUUGAUGAGAAAACUGGGUAUUAUUACUAG